UGAUGCUCGGACUUAGACUUUAAUGUGAUUCAACUUUUUUUUUUUUUUUUAAUUUCCUCGGAAAAAGUAAAUUGGGCUAACCCUUAAUUCUAAACACUUGCAUCCGAGGUGAAAUUUUUCUAAAAGGACUUCUAAAGACCAUGUUGUUUUUUUCAGUCUGGUCCACAGAACAGUCUGUAACCACAAUUGGUAUAUUGCAAUGGUUGGGAAGCAAGGAAGAAGAAUACGUCGCAGCGAAGGCCUGCAAACAUAACCUGUUUCCCUUCCACAGGAUUUCUGACCCCAAACUUGGCUGUGCCCACCACUGAUGGAGCAAGAGCAAAGACUGUUGAUCUCAGAUUCUAGUGGCUUCACGGAGAGGGAGAGUUUGAAAAGCCCUUUUCCAGGAGAUGCAAGUAAGAAUCAUUUGGAAACUGUACGACACAAUAACGCCAAGGCAGAUAAAGAGAGCGCCUCAAAACGGUCUAAGAGAGAUGGCCCACAAAAUUGUAAGCAUGAGGAUAUAGAAGAAAGUCCAUUGAUGUGGUCCCAAGGCAAUGAGAUCUGGUGCAGUGAUUCCUGUGAGAAGGAUGGCAAGUCAGAGAAUCAGGGAAAUUCUGCAGGAGAAGAAGAAGAAAAACCCAGUCACUGGGGAUGGGCUCCCGGGGAACGCCGCAGUGCCUCUGUCCAGCAGAAUUCGACCUCCAGGGACAAACCCUACAAGUGUGCUGAAUGUUGGAAAAGCUUCAAUAACAGCUCUCAUUUGCGUAUUCACCAGAGGACCCACUCAGGAGAAAAACCUUAUAAAUGCUCUGAGUGUGGGAAAUGCUUCAGUAACAGCUCUCACCUGAUUCAGCACCUGAGGACACACACAGGAGAGAAGCCCUACCAGUGUGGCGAGUGUGGGAAAAGCUUCAGCAAUACCUCCCAUCUAAUCAUUCACGAGAGGACUCACACGGGAGAGAAACCCUAUAAAUGUCCCGAGUGUGGGAAGAGCUUUAGUAGCAGCUCCCACCUUAUUCAGCACCACAGGUCGCAUACCGGCGAGAAGCCCUACGAAUGUCCCGUGUGUGGGAAAUGCUUCAGCCACAGCUAUGUCCUCAUAGAACAUCAGAGGAUUCACACGGGAGAAAAACCUUAUACGUGUCCUGACUGUGGAAAGAGUUUUAGUCAGAGUUCUAGCCUGAUUCGCCACCAGCGGACGCACACGGGAGAGAAGCCCUACAAGUGUCUCGAGUGCGGGAAAAGCUUCGGUUGCAAUUCGACUCUCAUAAAGCACCAGAGGAUUCACACAGGAGAAAAACCGUAUCAGUGUACAGAAUGCGGCAAGAGCUUCAGUCGAAGCUCGAACCUAAUCGCACACCGGAAAACACACGCAGGAGAGAAGCCCUGUGAAAGUCCCGAAUAUGAAGAAAGUUUGAAUCGGAACUGCAGUGCGAUAGAAGAGUGUGGACUCCAGCCUGGGGAGAAACCCUACAAGUGUUGCGAGUGCGGAAAGCGUUUCGGUCUCAGCUCCCAUCUCAUUAGACACCAGAGAACACACACAGGAGAGAAGCCGUACAGGUGCUCGGAGUGUUGGAAAACUUUCAGCCAGAGUUCCACCCUGGUGAUUCACCAGAGGACGCACACGGGAGAGAGACCUUAUAAGUGUCCCGACUGUGGCGAAGGCUUCAGCCAGAGCUUUAAUCUCAUCAGGCACCGGAGGACUCACGUGGGAGAGAAACCUUACAAAUGCACCGACUGUGACAAGUGCUUCAGCAGAAGUGCCUAUCUCACUCAGCAUCGGAAGAUGCACCUAGAAAAGUCUUUCGAGUCUCCCGAAGUCAAUGGUUUUCCUCCUGGGUGGACUUGGAAAAACUGUCCAGGGGAAAUGGCCCUCAUCUCUUCCUUUUCAGUCCCACGUCCAUCUUCCUCUUGAGUCCCAAAGCCCGUUUAUUAUUAUUAUUAUUAUUAUUAUUUCUUUUCUUGCUGGAUCAUUACAAUUAAGGUGUUGCUACAGAGUUUCUUUGGUUUGUUUGCCAUAAUGUCUGGAAAAAGUCAAGCUCCCAGGUUGGAGGAUGGGAAGGCCCUGAUCACCAGCUCAUUGUAUCUGCCCAGUGGGAGAUGCUUCCAACGAUGGAGAAGAAAUGUUUUUUGAUUUAAGGUAAGAUUGGAAUAGCUUCAAAAGAAAACAUAAAGAGAAAUUCCGGGAAUAAGGACACCUGAGAGCUUGAAGCCAAGCUAGCCCUUGAAUUUCCCUAUUUCCUCUCGCCUGAGUGGGUGGCAGUGAUUCAUUAUUGGCCUCAGGGGGUUAUCCACAGAAAGAUUCGUUUUGAACAAAUAAUGUGAUUCUCUGGCUGUUUUGGUGGGUCUUAAGAAAAGACUCAGUUUUCUAAACACAUUUUUAUUUGCUGAAAAUGAACUUUCAUAGUAUUUAGAACUAUACCGGCUAAUCCCGUAGCCACUAGUCACCUGUGGCUACUUAAAUAAAUUUAUAGUAAGAUUAAAUGACAUUUAAAAUCUGGUUCCUUAGUGGCACUAACUACGUGCCAAGCACUCAGUAGCCACAUGUGACUGGUGGCUGCUGUAUUGAAUGUCAUAUAGAGUUUGUUCUUUCAAGAUUAUCAUUCUUCACAGAUUCAUGAAGAUUUCCUAAGAGACUGUAGGAAAUGUGCUAUGAGGUUUCUGCUCCAAAGGAAUUGCAACAUAGACUAGAAAUGGGAUAGAGUUUUUAAGGCACUCCGUCUAGAGAUUGGCCAUUCUAAUGCUUGUAUGUCUUCUGUUCAACCAUCUUGGUAAUCCAGUGAUACGAUCCUGUUGUCUUGGCCAAAACCAGAUUAAGAGGUAGAAUUCUUGAAUUUUGUUAAUAAACUUUGGGCAAAUAGGGACACCUGGGUGGCUGAGUUGGUUAAGCAUCCAACUCUUGGUUUUGGCUCAGGUCAUGAUCUCACAGUUUGGUGAGUUCGAGCCCCACACUGAGCUUCUGCGCUUACCACGUGGAGCCUGCUUGGAAUUCUCUCUCUCUCCCUCUCUCUCUGCCCCCAUCCCCACUUGUGAUGUCUCUGUCUCUUGCAGAAAUAAUGAACUUUAAACAAAAAUGAAAAAAGAUUUUUGACAAAGUCUUUUCCCUUCAGUUUUCUCAUUAUGUAAUUCCUGGUUAGAUCAGAAACUGGGUUCUUUUUCUAAUAUUUAACCCCCUGAAUCUGAGCCAAUGUGCAGAGACAGUGUGCCAUUGGAGACCAAGAUUCCUUACUUCCAGUCUUGACAGUUUUCUUUUGCCUCUUGACUUAUGGGAUGUAUGGAUCCUCCCUGUUCGCCUGUCCAAUGGAAAUGAUGUUUUGUAAAGUAAUAAGUUAUUUUUUAUGCUCCUAACCCCUACUUUUUUUUUUUUUUUUUUUUACUGCCAGUUCAAGGAGUAGAAAGUCAGGACUCCUAAGUUGGUCAGGAUUUCUGGUCUCAUUUUUAGAUGCAAAAUAUAUUUUAUGAAGGCUGUCUAUAGAGAUCCAGAUUAGGAAUGCGGAGCCAGAAGAGGCCAGUUAGGGCUGCUGCAGAUGCAGAAGGCUGUAGCUGGUAGGUCACGGAAUUGCACGGGGAUUCUUUCUUCUUUCAUGAUUGUGGUCGUAUGCCUGACACUGGGGAGUCCGUUAAGUCUUUUCGCGUUGUUACAAGAUUAAAAAAUACAGCAAAAGUUAACAAAAGACUUAAGAAGCAUUUGGGGUGAUUUUUCUGCUUUCAAGAAGGGGGAGAACAUUAAGUAUUGGCUUUUAUAUGAUCCUCCUCUAAGCAUCUUUUCACCUUUGUAUGUUAGGUGGUAUUGUCCAAAUUGUCUUAAACUCUAAUAUCUGAGGGCAAGUGUUUACAGUAUUUUACCACAGACGACUAAAAGUUUGAUUAACGUUUGAGAAUGAAAUUUGGGCAUUUGCUGUUGAGGCCGAAAUCCAGUUGCAAGGCAGUAGCUGUCGGAGCGGUACCCAGUCAUCCAUUACAUUGUGUGUGGCCAGUAACCACUCCUAACCUGCGUCCUCAUCUGUAAAGCAGAGGUAAUGCCUGCCUUGCAGGGUUUCUGUAAGGAUUAAGUAAAUGUUUGCAAAGCAGCUAGCACAGUGCUUAAAAUAUUAAUGAGGUCUAAAUACAUGGUAAUUAGUUAUUAUUAAUUGAAAUAAAUAGAAAAAUGUCCUCCACACAUUUUCAGAAGUAGCAAUGGAAGCCGUACCCAUCCUCCUUGUGAAUUCUUAAUGACCAACCUCAGGAACCCUGACGAAUCAGGUUUUGUAAAAGCACAAGACUGUAGAGUGUUUCAAUUUUGCAGACUUUUGAAGAACGCUUUUAUGUGAUUCGACUUACUGAAUAUUUUUGUUGUUCUUGAAACAAAGGAUUCAGCGUAAGUCAGGAAAGAACAAUAUAGCAAGUUCAAUGUAAGUUAAUUUGUGUCUGAAGACAUUAACAGGUACAGUUUAUGUCCUAUUAGCAUCAUUGACUCUGUUUUAUGAGUACCCACAAUUACAUAAAACCUAUUUCACAAACCUCAGUGUCUAUAGAAACAUAGAUGUUCACAUUUUAGAUGAAUUAAGAUGGGGUCUGCUCCAUGAAGAAAACAAUUUAGCAAGAAUCCUUAUCUCUUUCGAUUGAAAACUAGGAACACAGAGGAGAGAUUUGUUACUUAUGAGAACAUAAUAGUAAAUU